UAUCUCAACUGGCUGUAAGAAUAACAAGAAGAUACCUUCUAAUAACUGAAGAACUUUUAUUCUAUUCUUUCUAGCUCUAGCACCCAUAGAAUUUAUAAGUUCCCUCAGUCCAAUGCAGCUCCUUAGUCACGCUGACUUUCGUUAAACAAACUCAGAUAAAACUUUACCCUUCGGCAAAAUCCUCACUGAGUAAAAUAACACUCUCUUAAUCUUGCAAUAUAAUGUCAACUCACAAGAGAAAGAUUAUUUUGAGCAACGUGACAGUGAAACUUGGCUGCAGCAGCAGUUGCCGACGCCCUAAACUUUCCAGCAUUUUCCACCCUAAGCCCCGCCGCCACAACUCCGCCGCCUUCCACUACCAGAGAACAACCAAGCACCACCACAACCCCGCCUACAACUACUCCUCCUCUAGUUCUUCUAACGCUACUACUACCACCACUUUCUCUCCGGCCUACUACUCCUCCGACACCGAGAGGGACGUUCAAGGCUUCGGCAGGAUCGGCGGCAAGAGUGUCGCCGUCGAGAAAGAUUCCGACGACCCUUACGUUGACUUCCGGCAGUCAAUGCUUCAAAUGAUUCUUGAAAAGGAGAUAUACUCUAAAGACGAAUUAAGAGAGCUUCUUAACUGUUUUUUACAGCUUAAUUCUCCUUACUACCAUGGCGUCAUUGUUAGAGCUUUUACAGAGAUCUGGCAUUCUGUUUUCUCCUUAAAGCCUGGAGUAGUCGGAGCUGAGUUGCCUGUCUUGCAUGGCAGCGGUGGAGGAGGGUGGUGCUCACGUGAUUUUUAGGUGGUGACCACGUGAGGGACAUCUUUUUUCAUAAAGAUUGCUUUUGAGUAUUUCACGUCAACGUGUAUUUACUAGUACAGCAUGAAGAUGUGGGACCCAUAAGUAUUUCUUGGGUCCCAGCAAUAUUUUCUUGUAAUGUGUUCAGCUUUUAAGGGUUAGGCAAAAAGGAAAACCAAAAAAAAAAAAAAAAAGGCAAAGGUGCUGUUUUCACAGUCAUUUUUAUUUACAUCACAGUACAUCCGUCUCAAAAUUGAUGAAGAGAAAAACUGUCGAGAAGGUGGUAAAAAUGCUGUGAAAAUUGUAAUAUUUU